CUUGGCGCUUGGUCCGUAGUUUCCCCUCAGCUGCAGCGUCAUGGCUAGCACAAAUUUCAUUGAUUUUGUGUGUAAUCCUGAUUCCACGUGCACUAUGGACGCAUGCUUCAUGGCGUUUGACAAGAAUUGUGAUGGAAAACUAAAUUUGGAUGAAUUCAGGGUUCUUUGUCAAGCCUUAUUCAGGAACAAUAGCGGCGUGACCUACGAACUCAAGGACUAUGAGUUGCGAGAUAUCUUUACGAUUUUUGAUAGCAAUCAUGACGACUUUAUUGAUAGAGAUGAAUUCACCUAUUGCUGGAACAAUUGGAUCAAAGUGAUCGUACGCCCAAUCUCAGCCAUCCUCAUCAUCGAUGUCCAGAACGACUUCAUCUGUGGCACUCUAGAUAUCAGUAAAUGUCCAGCGAAACAAAAUGCCGAAGAAGUUAUCCAACCAAUCAACAGUUUGCUGGAUACUCUGGAGUUCGACGCUAUUUUCUAUUCGUACGAUUGGCACCCAAGCGAUCACGUGUCGUUCUUGGACAACAUCAAUUUGAGAAAGCUGCACGAAUCGAGUCCGAAGAAAGACCCCGAGACAGUUCAGUUAUAUGACACGGUGGUUUUUGAAGGGGAACCCCCCGUGACGCAGAGAAUGUGGCCGAGACAUUGUGUUCAGAAUACUUGGGGCAGUGAGCUACACAAAGAUCUCAAGGUAGUGGAAAAUGCGACAAAAAUUUAUAAAGGUACGAAUCCCGAAGUUGAUUCCUACUCAGCGUUCUGGGACAAUUCCAAAUUGACAGAUACAAAACUAGCAUAUCAACUGAAGAUGCGGAACAUCACCGAUGUGUACGUUUGUGGAGUGGCGUAUGACGUUUGUGUCGGCGCAACCGCAAUUGAUGCCAUCUCCAGUGGCUUCCGUACCAUCUUGCUUGAUGACUGCUGUAGAGGAGUGGAUUUGCUAGAUAUCGAAAAGACGAAGAAUACUGUGAUAAAGAACCAUGGGGUAGUUGUCAACUCGAACCGUGUAAAGAAUAUGGUCGAGGGCAAUGAUCGAAGACCGGAGCUUGGAUAUAAAUUAGCAUUAAAUCUAAAAGAACAAAAACAGAAUUCUGUUUAGGAAUAUGUAACAGUACUUAAAUGAUUAAGAACAGUGUCUGACAUUUGGCAUUUGUUUAUAGCUUUGUGAUAAUUAAUGUAUUUUGAAAUUAGGUUCCAGAGAUGUACUUAUAGAGUAAGUGUUGAUUAGAUUGUUAUUAUGCGGUUGAAUUUCGCAUUCGCUCCUAAUGCUUCCUCUUCAAUUCCUAGAAAUAGUAGAGUAGCUGUACAGAAUCCACUGUGGCCAUGAGUUUAUUUAAUCAGGACACAAAAUAGUCACUGUGAAUAAGAUCGAAGGCUAACAAUAUCCUAAUGUAUCAAUGAAAUCAUUGUAUUCAAAUCAAUAUCACCUGUUUGAUACCAGUAUGACGUUAGACUAUGAUAUUCAACUAAUGAUAAGGUCUUGAUUAAAACUUGAAAUUUUAUGUACAACAGAAUAUUACAUGCUGUAUGAUCUCACAGAAUACUUGUUUUGGAAUAAGAUGUCUGAAAUGUUCUGCUCUUAUGGUUUUUUUGAUACCUUUUGAGUAGAUACAUUUUGAAAAGGUAGAAAUAAACUUGAAAUGAUGUAUUAUUUCGAUGACAAAUUAUUAUAUAUAGUAAACUGAUCUUAAAUGGGUACUUAUAUUCUGAUAAAAGCAUUCAAUAUAAAGAAUUAUGAGAGCGA